UUAUAAUAUACAAUAUACUAUAUCACAUAUUUUGUUGGUGCAAACACAUAUGAUUCUAUAUAUAUUUUAACCAUAUAUCGUUUUUUCAUACGGGAUACUUCGCCUGACUAACUUACCCCAUACUUUUUUCUAGAGAUUACAUAAAAAAAUUUUCUGUUGAAAAAUGGUCUUUAAUUUUUCCCAAUUUCCUGUGAAGGAAACUUAAUAUUUUUAAUAACAUCAGUGCUCAGUAAAUUAAAUUUUUUUAUAUAUACAAUUUUUCUGAUAGUUGGAAAAAUUUUCACGUGACCUCUGGCAUCUGACCAUUGACUUCACUGCUUGUGAUAUCAUCCCACUAGAUCGUACCCUCCUAGCAAUAAUUACUGGUACAAUCGCAACAUAUUUAGUAAUUGCGGUACAAUUCCGUGUCAGCUCGCCCUCUGAUUAACAACAUAAAAUUUUACCAAAGUAUUUUAAUUUCCUUGCAAAAGUUUUCUAAUCCUUAGUACUCCAAAUUCCUCCAGAUAAUUUAUGCGAGUGAAUAUUAUUGAUUUUAAUUUAUUGUAUGACUGCAGACAGGAAAUAGAAUAUAAUAGCUUCUAUAAUAAGCGGAGAAAAAAUAUAUAAUUGUCAAUAUACUAAUUGAGUCGUCUCUCUCAUUAUUGAGAUUAUCACCUCAAUAAAGCAAAUGAAAAUAAAUAAUCACGCAACAAAGGAAAAGCCAAGUAUUCAAUUGGAAUCCACUCUCGUGGUGACCAUCAGUACCAAUUGCGACUUAGUAAAGUGAACACUGUAUACAUAUUUUCAAAAUAAAAUAUGAAUCAAAUUUUACAACGUAUUAAAUUUAUUAAGUUUAACUUUAAAAAAUAUGGUUUAGUUUGUAAUCGAUGUAUAUUAUUUAUGUUACACAUUUGGUUCAAAUUACUUGGAUUGUCACCGUGGAAAAUGGACACUAACUUGCGGAUAAAUACAGAAAUUCGAAAUAAGGGACCCAGAUUUCAUUUUUCAUACGUCGGAUCUUGUUACAAUAUUUUAGUAUUUAUAUUUAUCGCUGGAUUUUCAAGUUAUUUGCUACGUAAUUUAUUGUCAAUUUUUAGUCAUUAUAACAGUUUUACACUCGAAAUGCUAUCAAUAUAUUUAACAUUUUUUUGGAUGCUGUGUACAAGUAUAAUACCACUUAUUUAUACUUUUCGGCAAAAUUUGUACAGAAAAGUUCUCAAUAAAUUUGAAAGUCUGGAUGAUAAAUUGAAUAAAUGUGCGGAUUCCAAAACGGAAAAUGACAACAUCAAUUAUUUAAUAUUUUCGAUCUAUGUCGUGAUAAUGUGUUGCAUGGUAAUAUUAAGACAAUUAUAUUUCAAGGCAUUAGUGAAUGUGAUGCUUGCAAGUUUUCCGGAUUUUAUAGUUAGUGGCUUAAUAGUACAAUACGCAAUGUUACUAAGCAUAGUAAAGAUACGAUUCAAAAACAUAAAUUCGAUACUUUCAAAACUGGGGACUUCUGAAAGUAAAAUAUCUCUAUCACGUACAUCAGUUCUUGACGACAUUGGGAGGAUCAAGAGCGCGUACGUUGACUUAUGUGAAAUGUGUGAAGAUAUUGUGAGUUUUUAUGGAAUACCCGUGUUGAUUGACAUUAUUGUCACUUCUCUUAAAACUAUUUAUAAUUUAUAUUACAUUAUUUUAAUCUUUCUCGACUUCCGAGAGACUGACAAUAUAAUGUAUCUCUGUGUAUUAAUUUCACUAUGGUACAAUUUUGUAUUUACGGUAUUAGCUACCAAUGUCUCAAAAAUAAUGAAACAGGUAUGCGACAAUAAUUUAAGAGUGAAAAUUAACUUUCAACGAUAAAAUUUUAUUAAUUUGUGCAUUGCCACUGUUUUCAGAAUAAAAAGACGGCUAUGAUCAUAAAUUUGCUUUCGGAUCGAUAUGCAAUGGAUGAGGAAAUAAAACAAAAAUUGACUCAGUUUGCAAGAGACCACUGGCAUUUGACUGUUGAAUUCACCGCUUGUGAUAUCGUACCUCUAGACCGUACCCUUCUAGCAAUAAUCAACGGUACGAUUGCAACGUAUUUGGUUAUUGCGGUACAAUUCCGUAUCAGCGCAAUUCCUGAUUAAUAAAUUUAAUAAAUAUUCGCUAAAGUGUUUUCACCAGUAUUAAAAUCUUUGUCAGUUUGUUGUUAAAAAAAUUUUUACUUGAUAUAUGCAACAGUAUGUUGAGUAAUUAAUAACCAAAAUAACUAUUUUAUU